AUGUCAAUUACAUCGGAUAUAUUUUAUGAUAAAAUUGUCACAAGCAUUAAAAAACCCCCAAAUGAAAGAACAAUAGAUGAAAUCGAAGAAAUUUGUCCAUGGUUUGUUGGAAAAGUGAAAUUUUUUUCAAAUCUCAAAUCUGAUAUUGUCAAAGAUAUAAUUAAGAAUUGUGAAUUCUCUGAACGUGAAACGGAUGAUAUAAUUAUACGUCAGUUCGAAGAAGGCGAUUGUUUUUAUAUCAUUCUAUCUGGUCAAGUAUCAAUUUAUGUGAAUACUGAACUUGUACAUGAUGAUCAAGAAGUGGUUCAUCAGCAGGAUGAAUUUGUGCCUGCAGUCAAACACUCUGUAGAGCGUAAAGCAACUAAUCGAGAGAAAUGUGGAAACUAUGUUGUCAGUUUUGGAACAGGAGCAAGUUUUGGAGAAUUGGCUUUAAUCAACAAAGAUUGCAUAAGAAAUGCAACUGUAAUUGCCGAUCGCAAGACCCAUUUAGCCGUUAUUAAUCGUGCAACGUACAACCGUUCACUUAAAGAUGUACAUGAGGCAGAUUUCAAAAUACGUAUUGAAUUUAUUAAUAAAUGUCCACUUUUUAAUGGAUGGAUUCAAAGUUUAAAGAAACAAGCAGCAAUGUCUCUAGUUCAAACAGAUUUUCCAUUUGAAGCAAACCUUGUUCGUCAAGAAGAACCAGUGAAUGGAUUAUUGUUUAUUAUUUCUGGUCAAGCUCAAGUCUCAGUAGAUAUUCUUAAGCAUCCUAAACAGUAUCCUAAUUUAAAACUCGCUGCAUAUUCUGUCACUUCAACAGACAUGGAUGAUCACAAACUAAUUCAUACUGAAAAUCCAAAUUACCCAGUACGACGUAUGGGAUACAUCGUUAAUGAAAGGCGUAGUGCAUUGAAGAAGAUAGAUUUAUGUAUAAUUGGUCCUGGUACCAUACUUGGUGAAUUUGAAUAUGGUUUUAAUUUAAAAACUUACAUGCAAACUGCUAUUUGUAUUGAACCUACAUCAGCCUAUAUAUUAGGUGGAAGAAAUUUUGAACGUCUUAUACAAAGUCGUCGUAAUCCAGAUGGUUUAAAACAGAUUCGAGAAAUAGCUGAACGUAAUAUUUUAUAUCGUAUAAAUCGACCAAUAGAUUCAAAAAUCCCUCUUUUUCGCUGUUUAGUUAAACAAAUUUAUGAAGCAAACUUACAGUUACAAGAAGAACAACGUGAAAAAGCAUUGGCUAAUCGGAAUAAAAUUAAACCAGAAAGAACUAAAGGACUUUUUGAACCUACAUCAAGAAAUCAAAGACAACAGCAACAAGAACGAAUGAAAGGAAGUAACAAAUCUCUAUUACAACAAAAUGAGCCAGAAUUUCAAACAAGACGACAUCAAAUUAAUCAUCUACAGAACAAUAUAUUGACAUUAAGAACAAGGAAAUAUUCGGCUAAUCAAAUUGAAGAAAGAAAUGCUAAAAGUAAUUCAGCUAACAAACGCUUUAACUCAGCUUAUUCUGGAUUUGAUACAGUUUGUGGAAAUAACAAUAGUGAUUUCAACGAACCAACUACUGAUAGAUCAAAUAAUACUGAGCUAAAUGAAAAAUUACCAAGUUUCUCCUUGUAUGAUUGGGAGACAAGUUCUGAAAAUAUAAGUCUGAUUGAAGGCAAAUUAAAACGCUGGCAUUAUGAAGUAGAUAUGUUAUAUGAUGGAGAAACAUCAGUUGGAAAUAGAAUAAGUUCACUGAAGAGCUGUGAACAAAUAAAUCUAAUCAAACAACUUCUGCCUGGCAGACAAAUCUCCAUUAGAACAAUCGACCAUAACAACGUAAUCGGUGCAUCAGGUCUUUUAGAAACAAAUCAAUUUCAAGCAGAUAACACUAUGCAUGACUCAUGCAAAUCUGUUCGUUUCGAAAGUAGUAAGCGCAAAAUUGAUCCAAGUGAAGUUUCCAUAAAUCAAGACGAUGAUUUAAUGAGUUCAAAUUUGAGACAAGUUAAAAUAACUACUUUAAAUGUUGUCAAUACUACUGAUGAUCAGCUAGUAGUAGAUGAAGCAGGAGAAGAGUAUGAAUUUAAAAUAGAGGUAGAUAAAAGUGAAGCUUUUGAAAAUGCAGAUGAAAAGAACCAAAAUCUUACAAAUGAAGUCAAAUUAAUUCUUGAUAGAAUCCGCCCAGUUUCAUCAACUUAUGGUUACAUAUUAACUAAUAGAUCAUCUAUACCAACAAGAAACAUUAAGUCAGCCAGAACGGAUGAAAUUAAAGAAAGUGAAUUGCGUAAAAGUGCAUUGGCUAGUUCUCGUUUAAGUUCAAAGAAUACCCCUAACAGUUAUACAGUGAUUAGAGAGUAUCGGGAAUUGCGUGAUCGGUUGCGUAAACAGGAGAAUGAAAUGCGUCGUUUUCGUGUAUCACUUCUUCUUUAA